AUGUUUGGUGUUAAACAGCUUCCUCGACUGUGGAACUACUGGAGUCCUGAUAUAAGGUAUGGUGAUCUGUAUAUCUCAAGUAUAAUGUUGAAGAUGAGGUAUUCGAAAAUAUCUCAGUAUUUACAUUUAAUUGAUUCUGCUAAUGCUCCCAGCAAAUACGACCCAAACUACGAUCCCCUGUACAAAGUACAUCCUAUAAUUGAUUUACUCCUUAAUAGUUAUAAAACUGUGUAUUUGCCAGGGAAAAUUCUCAGUGUAGAUGAAGCCAUGAUAGGAUAUAAGGGCAGAAUACAUUUUUGGCAGUACAUGCCUGCCAAACCCACUAAAGGGGGGAUCAAGGUACAGGAAGUUUGUGAAUCAGACACUGGAUAUUGUGUAAACUUUGAUGUUUACACAGGUAAAAAAUAUAAUGGAUUGGGACAUGAUAUAGUAUGGUCUCUUACUGAACCAUUUCACCAUCAGCACCAACACCUCUAUUUUGAUCCUUUUUUUUUCUUCAGUGGCUUUGACAGAAAAUCUGGCUUGAUGUUUUUAGUAGAUGCAUUCUGUUACAUAAAUGAAUUCAUUAAAUUAUAUGAGAGUACACUGCCAAUGGCAUAUUGA